UCUGCCAAUGCCUGUGUUGUUGCAGUGUUAACAGUUCCCAGUUUUAUACACAGAAUAUAUCCCUCUGUAGGUAACACGGGAUGGAGAAGUACAAGAUUUUGGAAGAAUGGAGACCAGGAACAUUUGGGGAGACCUGUAUUGGCGAGGAAAUUGGAAGCAAAAACAAAUGUGUUUUAAAGAAGGUGGAGUGCAUGGAUGAGCAAGAGGCAAACCUGGCAUUAAAAGAGUUCAUGGUUCUGCUUGAUCUGCAUCAUCCCAACAUCUGUCCGUAUAAGGAAUUCUUCAUAACCUGGGAUAAUAAGCCUGCUACUGUCGACAUGUACUUGGCAGACGCUAUGACAUCUCUGGAAACAUUGAUCUCCUCUCUCUUCCUUUACCUGGUAAUGGACUAUUCUGAUAAUGGCCAUUUGGAUGUCAUGCUGCGAGAGUACAGGCAAGCCAAGACCAAAAUAGACGAAAAGACAAUUCAGCUUUUUCUCGGCCAGAUGAUUGAUGUGCUGGUCUAUAUUCAUAAACAGAAAGUCCUCCACAGGAACCUUAAACCAAGUAACAUCCUUAUUAAAGGCAAGGAUACUUUCCUGAUCAGUGAUUUUCUUGUGGAGACGCUGGUGAUGGAUGAGAUGAAAUUGAAGAUCAGAGUGUAUCCCGAAUCAAAAUUAUUCAUGGCACCAGAAACAACAAAGUUUUCGUUCAGCGAGAAAUCAGACGUCUGGUCCGUAGGGAGCAUUAUUCUAGACGUUAUGACAUGCGCCUCACACACAGAAACCGAGUCAUCUACUUUGCUACAGGUGAUCAAGGCUGAUCCAUCAGGGUUAGAGAGAGUUUUAAACACACUUCAGCAUGAAACUGGUUACUCGAGUGAACUCUGUGAGGUUUUGCAGAGAAUGUUACAGAUUUGUCCAGAACACAGAAUUACAGCAAGUGACUUGGUGAAUCACCCUUAUAUUAAAAUUUGCUUGACCUUUAUUGGAUCUCCUUUGGCUGGGAUUAAGAAACGGUUGCCACCUGAACUGGCAGACAAGAUGCAAGAAACAGAGAACGUUUCAGCAGCGCCCCAGCUGUCUGUUACAGAGUACAUGGAGAAGUAUAGCGAAUAUGAAGAAGCACAGAUGUCCGCACUCAAACACCUGUCCAGCCGUGCAGCACACCCAGAUGGUUUACCGUGUGAAGGAGAGGUAGUCCGUCUUAUAGAGCAGGCUAUGAGAUUACACGCCGAUUCUUUAGACAUACAGCUGGAGGGGAGCAAGAUUCUGAAACAUCUUGUAAGAAAGGUGCUGAAAGAAAGUGAAGGUGGCGACGGAUUUGUAAAUAACGAACUUUUGACUACUUUGGUUGGCGCAGUAAGGCGUUUUCAUGAAAGCAAGGAGCUGGUAUUCCAGAUUCUUAGUGUACUGGCCACGAUGUCUGCCAACAGUAAGACUGCAGAACUUUUGGAGAAAACUGGAUUUCUCCAGGAUGUUGUGAAGAUACUGGAGGACUCACAGGAUAGCACAGAUCUAUGUACUCCGAGCUGUGACCUGCUGUGGAGUAUGGCUAUGACAGAAAGGCCUUCUGACGUUGAACUGCUGAAAUAUAGCGUUGAAGUAAUCCUUUCUCUCAUCAGAAACAAUCUCUACGAUGUGUCACUAAUGACAUCAGCCUUCUACUGCCUCUGGAUACUGUGUUUGAAAGGUUACGUGUCAGAGAAACAGAUCGAGCCGGUAAUAUUUGUGUGUUUGGAAUGUUAUCAACAUAAUCGGAUUGAGAAUGUUCUAAUUAAAAACAUCUGUUUGAUACUGGCCAACCUGGUGCGAAAUUACGAAGUGGCAGCGUAUCAAGCCAUAUUACCAGUUUCUGGAUGGAAUUGCAUUCACCAUGCUAAAGACAUUUACCGUUAUUUCUCUUGGAAUCCAGAGAUCGUGGAGAAUAUCUGUAUUCUGUUUAAUGAGAUGGCCCAGUAUGAAUUCACAUUGCCAGAACUGCGCUCGUUUGAGAUAGACGAAAUCAUGCAGGAAGUAAAAGUCAAAAAUGAUGGAAUACGGGAGAUCAUGGUGCUUGCAGAUUCCAUCUUGCGCAAAAUGAAAGGUUAAGGGUAUCCUGAUUCUGGAAGAUCCCAUGUCUGCCACAGAAUACGAGGUGUACACCAGCUUACUACAUCCAAGUGGCUUCCACUGUAGCUAAGUUGGUAAUUUUGGGAGCGGAGAAUACACCGCUGGUAAUAGGGGAUGGGUAAUUUUGAUACUAAGCAUUAGUAACCAAAUCAGUUUCUCUCAGGGGUUAUCCUAAUGAAC